ACAGACGCCAUCUUUUUAUGGCUACUUCCUCUUUUAAACUCAACGGAGUGUUCUGAUUGCUGCCGGUUAGGGUUUGAAUCCGAAAGAAAUAACAAUGAUUCUCUUGGAAAUAAAUAAUCGCAUUAUUCAAGAAACGUUAACGUUUAAAAUCAAGAACAUUUUGGAAGGGUAAUUAUUGUUCGUCCAACCAAUAGCCCAUAACGCUGUUGAAAAUCUUAUUAUUCUUACUAUUUAUUUGUUUCCGGUGUGGAGCAAUUGAAUGGAGACGCCUAUAUUUUCACUUCCUGAAUUAAGAUAUCUUUCUCACACUUUUAAUUUUGCUUAUUAAAGUUACAUACUAACAAGGAUUUAUUUAAGAAAAGUAUUUGGGGUAUGCCAGUAUUCGUAAAUAUUUUAAAAUGGAAGCACUCUAUGGUUUAUAGGACCUUAUUCUCCAGAUCCAAGUUUUAUAUUUGUACAACUUUGUUUAGUUUAGAUUUCAACCCUACCCGUACCCAUACCACACCUACUAUGCCUUCACAUACUUACUUAAUUAAACUUUGUUAAUGAUUAGUAUUAGCCGUAAGGGCCAACAUAAAAAUUUAUUAGAUCGUGAAUCCAUAACAGUUUACUUUAGUCGUGAUACGUUUAUGUCUGAUAAAUCAUAAAUACACAUUAUUAAUAUUAUUUGGCACCUCAUCCCAUAUUAAUAUAUACUGUAUAGCAUGGCUGUCCAACAUUUCUGUCUGUGUGAUGUGAACCAAGACAAACUUUUCAGCCAAUCUUGAGGGCCACAAAUGACAUCUCCCUUUUUUCCAUGUUACAACUUUUCCUGUACUCUCACACAAUUUGCCAAAAAUAUUUAAUCAAUGAGUUUGGUUUGAAAGUACUUUCACCCUAAAAUGUUUUAUUUUUACACACUUAAAAUUUAUUGAGUUGUGGUUUGCAAUUAAAAUCAGCUAGCAGGCAGUGUGUUAGACAGUGCUGGUGUAGAGCAGGCCUGCACAACUCAAAAUGUAAGACAGGCUGAAAUACUUGUGCGGGUCAAAAGAAAAUAGGACAGGGGGGAAAGCUAUUAAGAAAAUAAUAAGAUACGCCAAUAUUUUGUUCCUGCUGGCAUCCGUCCGUCACAAUGUGACGAUGGAGUGGGCUUCGUAGGACGAAAUCCACAUAGCCUGGGAUUAUUAUACUUGAAGGAUUAUAACAGCAAAUCGCCUCUCUCCACGCCGCUGGGUAACCCAAGGGAACAUCAUUGGAUGAUACAGCUUGGCACCAGUGACGUCGCAGGAGUUGUCGGAAUGUUUCAUUGUAUCAAUGUUAUCCGCCUUUCGGGACUCCAUCUCCGGGUUUGAUUUCAGAGUUUCCUUCUCUUAGAUGAGUUGCCGUCCAGGGUUAACGAGUCCCAUCUACCCGGGGUGCUGGUGGUAUUUUUGCUCUAGCUGGAAUUAAACUCCAGACCACCAACUUGAGAUUUGCUCAGUUUAGACCACUCGGCCACCUAUGGGGCCGCAAAGUGGGUGCUGAUGCAUGCGGCCCGCUGGCCAUAUGUUGUGCAGGCCUGGUGUAGGGGAUUGAUUUCAGUAGUCUAUUUGAUUAAAUACAUUAGAUUUGUGCAGCAAUGGGCUUAGGCAAAAAUAUUUCCAGGUUGUUUAAGAUCUCUGGAUGUAGGCCUCGGCCAAACAUUGUUAAAAUAUUAGUUGUUGUCUCUAAGUAGUUUUUGCUGUCACCACCCUUAAGAUAAGAGUAGUAUAACUUAUAUUUAGACUUAUUAUAAGUUGGCCAAGAUGUAGUUAGUGGCAAGGUUGGCAAAGUCUUUCACAGUAUACAGGUCAUGAAGGUUCCCCAGGUCAACUACUGACCCUAGUUCUGUAAUCAAAAGAAUUUGAUUUUAGCUAAAUGUUUAUUUGAUAAAAGUUUUAUUUUUCAUUUUGUCUCUACGGGCGGGUCUUACCUCCCCAGAAAAUUAUUUUGAUAUGUCCUGUGAAAUGACGAUAUGAUUGAAAUGAAUUGCAAAUGGGUACUUCUGUUUUUAAUAGGGGUGUGCCGGAAUCCGGUCCCGUCGGAUUUUGCACUAUCCGGUGAAUCCGGUUCCGCCGGAUUUACAUGUAUCCGGAACAACCGGAAUCCGGAAUAUACCGGAUUUCGGAAUUUGCCAGAUUUUGUGACUCACCGGAUCAUAAUCUGAAAUAAAAGUAAUUCUCUUUCCCGAAUUCCACACGAUCACGAUACAUUAAUCGAUUGUUUCGAGCGUUGAGCUUGUUUAAUGUUUAAUAUUCCGAACAUACCAGAGGCUAGAGUCAGCACCGCUAAUAGUGGCCAAUCGGCCCAAUCCCAUACAUGAUAGUGCCAACUGUUCAGAAGGCAUCCAACCCCUCAGAUUUACCGGUAUCUGCAAAGUACCAAAAUCCGGGAGAAACCGGAAUCCGGAUCUGGCAGAUUUCGCAUAAGAAAAUCCGGAUCCGGUUGGAAAAAACGGAUCCGGCACACCCCUAGUUUUUAACCAAUCAAAAGACAGCAUUUUUAACAAUGAACUCAUCUUUUUUGUGAUGUAAAUCUUAGAGUAUCGCAAAGAAUUGUUUCUUUUAUAAAAAAUUUGUAUUGAACCUUGCAAGUUUAAUUGUGGUAAUGGAAAUUUUCAUUCAAAUAUAUUUUUUAUUAACUGUAUUGAUCAUUAGAUUUAGUUUAUGACACAAAUAAUGCUCAGUGAUGAAUGGGGAAAGUUAUCAUACAAUGUCAUAAUUCAGGACCAACUAUUGGUAUAUGAUCCCAAGUUCAGUGUUGAAGAAAAUGCGCUUAGGGUGAGAAAACUCUUGACAAAACCUAUGCUGCUAGCUAUACAUUUACAGAUUAAGUCAGUACGGGUAUUGUCAGUAACUCAAAAGUCAUACUGUCUUAAAUUAUUUGUGUUGUCUACUGACUGUUGUAUAAUACUAAUAUUAAUAAAGUGAUAGGCAAAGUUCAUAGUUUGACAGGCGAAAAAAAAAGCUUUAUUUUACACAUUAGAAGACUGUAGUUAAUAAGCUGUUGUUUUUUUUAAUACAAAAUAAUGUAAUUGAAAAAAGUACAUUGCUAGAUAUAGGACUUUAGACAAUAGAAUCCUCCUUUUACUUCUUUCCUGGACAAGUUAAGUUCAUAAUCGGUAAGUCAUGACACAUGGUGAUGAAUAUAAAAGACCUGGCCCAAGUCUGGGUCACAAAAAUUAUUCUGUAAUUGAUAAUUCACAUUUUUUCUAGAUGUUAAUAUUGAAGUAGUUACUUCAUCGUAGUGAAACAGUAAUCUGUAGGCUUUUCUGUAUUAUCCAUAAAAGUAUUCCUCAUGUCAUUUAUAUCUAUGUUGUGUUACUGUUCCUGCAUUGGAAAGCUAAAAAAAAAUUAAUGGAAAAUGCAAAUGCAUACAAGCAAAGGGACAUAAUUUAAUUACAGGGUGUUAUUUAAAUAUUUAGUUAAAGUAAUUACAGUGAGUAAUAUCAGACAUAAAAAUAGAUUUAGCACAAAAGAAACUUAAAAGUCAAGAUGCCACUGCAGCAAAACUAUUUGUCACUAGUGCUGUUCAACGAUGCAAAGCUUACACACUUUUUUACCCCAUCAAUUAGUACACUUACAAGAAAGAUUAGCUACUUGAAGAACUGCUUAUUGUGUUUUUGAGUGUGCUUUUUUAGCUUCAUAUUUAUAUAGUCACAUUUAAGCUAAGAGUUUUGGCUUAAGUUUUUAUUUAUUCAUGUUUUCCAAUUCAUGUAAAUUUUUCUUUUUUUUAAGGGGAAAGCCAGAUAAUGUGGAUAUCACAAUUGCAGGCAAGUUGAUCUUAAAAAAAUAUUUUUGUUAUUAUUAUUUAGCAUGAAUUCAAUUUUUAUUAAAUAUUUAAUAAAUAUUUAAUAUUGGUGUUUUCACAAUAAACUGACAAGUCUGUGCUGCAGUAUGCUAAUUUACUGUGUUCUUAGUUAACAGAAAGGAAGUAUUAAAAAAUUAGUUUAUAAGUGUUUGCUUUAACUAGGCCUUCUGUUUUGUAAUAUUAAGUAUAUUCAUUUUUCUUUUAAUUUCAGACUUUGAUGGUGUUCUCUUUCACAUGUCUAACCCAGAAGGAAACAAAAAUAAAAUCAUGGUAACCUGGAUCUCUAUAAAGAUAUAUUACAAAGCUAAAUCUUAAAUUGUAUACAAUCCUUAUUUGUUAAUUAGAUAGGUAUUUAGAGAAAGAAAUUCUAUUUUUAUAUUGUCACUUUUAAAUCAAAAUUUUUUUUCUCUUAAUUCUAGGUCAGCAUAUCAUUAAAAUUCUACAAAGAUCUCCAAAAACAUGGUGCUGAUGAUGUAAGUUCAGUGGCUACAACAAAAAAGUUAUAAAAUCAAAAGUUCCAUUUAUUUAAUGCAUGUGUUACUUAUUAAAAUGUAUUAUUGACAUUAGCUUUGCCUGAAAAUUAUAACUUGUCCAUUCAAUCAUUAAGUGUAUUUUAUUGCAUUGAAAUAUAUAAUCUGUGUGAGAUGAGUUAGGCAUAAUUUACUUUUUUGUUAGUAAUAAGUCUUUAACCAAAUUAUUAUUUAACCAAAUUAAUAUUUUCAGUUGAUUAAAAGAGAAUACAGUAGCUUGCUAACAACGACUGAAUCAGGUAGGAUUAAGAUAUUUACUGAAAUUUAAAUUUUCAUUAUUAUUUUUUAAACUGUUAGGAUAAUAAAAACUGUAUUUAAAAUCUUGCGCUCUUUAUAAUAUUGAUUUUAAGUCCUAAUUUUUUUAUAAAUUCUAAUUUUCUCUACCAGGUUUCAAUGUGUCUAUUGUUUUUGACCUUGAGAAGAUCCCAGACAACUGGCAAGAAUUGGUUACAAAAGCCAGCAUGCUCAAGCGAAACUGUUUUGCUUCUGUCUUUGAAAAAUACUUUCAGUUUCAAGAGAAUGGGAAUGAAGAAAAUGCAAGAGCGGUGAUUCACUACAGGGAUGAUGAAACUAUGUUAGUAUGCUAAAUGAUCAUUUCAUAUUGUAAUAGUUCUUAGGCAUCGCUCACAUAUUUAAAACUCUUUGAACCUUUGGCUCCUAGUCCUAAAAUUCCCAUGCUCCAGGGAAAAAUUUUCACUAACUGAUACCAAACAAACAAAAUCCAAUGAUUAUAAAAUUAAAUAAAUUUUAUUUAUUUCACUCUAAAUUUGUCUGCUAGUAGUCCAUAUGUAUUAUAAAAUGUAUUACAGGGAGAAAGUUGUCUUAGAAAUAGUGUAAAAUAGCAUAGUUAAAGGACAUUUACACAACCUUAAUUUUUCAUAAAAGCCAGUUUUAGGACUUAAGGUAGACCUUGUGUUGUUUCUUUUAUUCCCCAAUUUCACACAUCAAUAGCACUAGAAGUUGAAGUCAAUCGAUCAUCACUAUCAUUGCCUAUUUACUUUAUUUCAAUCCUUUUUCAAAAUACGAUAAAAAUCCUUUUUAAUCAUAUACGUUAUCAUAAACCUGCUCUAGUUUGAGUCCUUAGCAAAUUUUUUUAUUUUCGUCACCUCUAUUCAUUGAAAAACAUUAAUAAAACAUAACCAAAACAAUGCAUUCUGUGGGCGCGGCCAUUACUGUGACCUUUUGCAAGUCAAGUGAUAUACCCUGAACACAGUAUUUACAACACAUUUUUAUUUAUGGACUGUCAAUCUAGGGUAAGGUAUGGGAGACCGAAAUAUCGGUCUGGUGGGUUGAGAAUUUUUAAAACACAGACUAAUAAAGCUGGGUUCAAAGAGUUAAUGAUACCUAUGAUUUUUUUGAUUUAGCAACAGUUAAAAACAUUUUAAAACUAUUGAGUAACGGACCACAAUCGGUAUAAUUAUCAAAGUUUAAAGUACUGUAGAGGUAAAUUUUAUUUUAAUCACAUCCAUAGGUAUGUAGAGGCUAAGAAAGACAGAGUGACUGUGAUCUUCAGCACCAUAUUUAAAGACGAUGAUGAUAUUGUAAUAGGCAAAGUGUUCAUGCAGGUAACUAUUUUUAUUUUAUUCUUCAUUUCUUUUUUUCUUUUUUUUUUUACUGUGCACUUAAUACAUACUAAAUAAACAAAAUGUUAGUCAGUUUAGUUGAAACCAAAACAAUAAAAAAAAAUUUGGUAACCAAAUAAUGCUGCUAAAUUUUGUUAAAUGAAAGCAUGUAAGGGAUGACAUUGGUAUUAUUUCCCUAUGCACAGUCCUGACUUAAAAGACCCUAUCAACCAGUUCUGGUAUCAGAAUUAAAGAUUUAUUUUAAAAUUAUCAAUUUUCAUACAUGAAGUUAUCCUUUACAUGAAGUUAUCCUAUCUUAAUAUUUCUAAUAACAUUCACAUGAUGAGUGGUUUAAACUGGUUCAUAAUUAAUAUUACCUGUCUUUUCAUUAGUUGUGGUGCACCAACACUAUUCCUUUUAGAGAUUCUUUUUGGUCACUUUUAUUUAUUUAUUUAUUUAUUUAGGCAUUUUUAUAUAGCGCUUACCUUAAAGCUCUAAGCGCUUUACAAUUAUUAAAAACAUGCAAACUAACUACAAUAAAAAUGAGACAUUAGGAUAGUAACUACUAUACUAUAGAAACAAUUAAAAUGGCUAUAAAACGAGGACACUUUGGCACGUUUUGGCCUAUAUUACAGGAUUAACCCGAGACAGAAAAUGAGGUGGCUUUGUUUGAAUCCAUUUCCUUAGCUGGAUUGUGGAAUUAAUAGUAUUAUUGCACUUAAAGCUUGCAACGUAUAAACAAAAUGUGAAAGUAAAAGUGGAAAAUAUUUUCAGUUUUGAAUUUGAUUAACAUGACAUGUCCUUGAUUUUAAGUGUAGAAUUAUCUUCUAAUAAGUACUACCUGAUUUUCAUGAAUGUCACUCCAGGAAUUCAAGGAAGGUCGGAGAAAGUACCAACAGGCUCCACAAGUUUUGUUCAGUCAUAAGGAACCACCCCAAGAACUUCAAAACACAGAUGCUCGUACUGGGGAUAACAUAGGCUACAUAACAUUCGGUACAAUAUUACUUUAUUCUUAUUAUUUGAAUUUACUCUGUCAACUUUUUCUAUUCAUUUUUUUUUCUCUAAAUCCUGUGAACAAUUAAUUUUUAAGUGUUACGUUUUAUUCUAACAAUGGUUUCCAAAUAAAGUAACGAGUCGUGUGCACUGGGUUAAUGCUUUCCUCUGUAAUAAUUUAUGUUAACAAUUUUUUACACAUUUACAUCAACUUUAAACAAAAAUUGAAAUCUUGUCUUAGUUAAUUUGUCAAUAAUAGUUCUGUUUACACACUUAGCAAGCGCUAGUAUGAUUUUAUGAAUUGUUUUUGGAGUUUGACUUAGCUGCUGAUUAUAAAAUAUCUUUCUCUUUUUUUUUUCUUUUUUUUUUUACAAACUUCAGUUUUGUUCCCAAGACACACCAGCUUGAAUGCCAGGGACAAUACAAUUAACCUUAUUCAUAUGUUGAGGGAUUAUCUUCAUUAUCAUAUAAAAUGUUCCAAGGUAUUUUCUUUGUAGAAUUAAUUUAUUUUAACUAUUAUACCUACAGGCUCACUAUUCUAUGAGUCUAUGGUUACUUACAACAUUUUAAUGUAACAAAUAAUACUGCCAAUGAAAGCAGCCAGUUCUGGAGCAUAAUUUACCCAUUCCUGGAAGAAAUCUGGCAACAUUUUGUUACUGCUAAUGGCUACUGGAGAUAUACUUUAACCCUCCCAACUUGCCAAAAAAUGUUUAGGAUGUGUUAAUUUAUAUAAACUUCAUUACCUUUGUUCAUAAGACUUCUGCUUUUGGGGGGGGGGGGGGGGGGGUUGUGCAUUUAAAAAGAGAUUGAAUGAUAACAUUCAAUUCCAUCUGUACACACUAUCCUCCUUGCUGAUUCUUUUGUUUAUCAACAUUUUAAAACUUAUUUAAGUAUUACUGGAUUGAAAAUGUCAUAUUUUACAAAUGUGAAUUUAAUGUGCAUUAAUUGGCUUUUAAGUUUAUUUACUUACUAGCCAAUGUUCCUUGAGACCCCGGGAAUUGCAUUCGGGAAAACCUUCUACAGCUUUUCAGCUAAAACGCAAAUGGCUGUGUUUAAAAAAAUAUAUAAUUUAAUCAUACUAAUCUAACUUUUCAAAGUUGUCCCUUUAAAAAAAAUGUUAUUAUUGCCAAAGCUAUGAUCAUUUAUCACUUAAAAUAAAGUAGGAUCCCAUUCCAUGGCGGAUCCCAUUCACCUUUGAGAUCCUGUUCCCUUGUCAUGAUCCCUUUGCCAAAUGGUAUCCGAUUCCCUUGUGGGAUCCCAUUCUCCGAUGAGAUCUCAUUCCCCAUGGAAUCCAGUUUCCAGUGGAUCCUAUUCCACUGUCAUUCUGUUAUAAUUAUCCCCGAGAUAGGGGCCCUAAAAAAAUCAUUUAGAUAAAUAGUGACGUUAAAAUUUAAAAGUUGUCCCUAACAUUGAGUGGAAAAUGGCAGAGAUAUAGCCUUUGAAUUCUUAAUAUUGAGGCCUCCGAAACUGAAUUGUGUUGAUAAUAUUAGGUUAAGAUCCACCAAAAUUAAAUUAUGUAUGACUAUCAAAUUGGCCUAGAUUGAUCAAUUCCAAUAGAAGCCUUUAUAAUGUUAACUAAACAUACUGUUAUUUAUAUAGCUUUUAAAAUGAGAUUGGGGACACCCGCCCCGAAGGAAUGGAAAUUAUGAGUUCAGUACCUUUCAGACUUUGAAUCUGGAUAAUCCAGUGUAUGUGUACUAGCGUACUAAAUUUGGUUUACGCCGAUCCACCCAUGCAAUAGUCUACGUUUGAUCUUUUAUUUAUAAAACUCAUUUAGAAAAAAUAGAAUUAGGGUCCCCCUGGCCCCCAUAGGCUUAUUUUUUGUGUCGUCAUCAAGCUGCCCUCCCCCCCCCCCCCCCUGUGUUUUAUUCUGAAUAAUGAAUAUGUAUGCCAAAUUUGAUAAAGCGCCAUCAAUCAGUGUAGAGACGUAUGCUGAAUAAACAGACCUACAAAUGUUCACUUUUGUAUAAAUAUAUAUAACAUAUUUGUCCAGUCGCUUUAAAAUGUUUUUCUCUUGUUAUAUCAAACUAAUUUAUAUGAAAGCAUUUUCAAAAAAAGCUAAUUUUUCUCAGGUAGCUCAGCCUAUGGAUCUUUUAAAGAAUCUCCAAAAAAGUCAUUUAACAUUUUAGAUUUGAACUGUUAAAAAAUACUCAAAUGUGUGGAUUUUUUUUUCUUCAAAGCUUAAGCAUCACUGAAUGUAUAUUUCUAUCCAAUAAGCUUUGGAGAAUUGAGUCUCAUGACCAAUAUAUUAUAUAAAUAACAUGCAGUUAUUUUACUUUACAGGCAUAUAUUCAUCAAAGUAUGAGAGCUAAAACAUCAGAAUUUUUGAAAGUCUUAAACAGAGCAAGACCAGAAGUAAAAGAUAGAGAAAAGAAAACUAUCACGUAUGUUGUCUUGUGUUUUUACUAAUUUUUAGUGUGUGAAGUCAAACUACAAAGUUAGCAAUUUUAAAAUAUUAAUAGCCAUGGCAGUAUAUUGAUUUUUUAUUGCUGUUAGUAGUGGCGCGCAACUGCUUUUCAACAACUGCUGCAUUUAUCAAUGAGAAAAUUAUUAUUAGCAACUUGAAUUUCUUUUUCAAUUAGCUCUGUGUGACCAUUUCUCAUUGCAGCAGUACAAGGCGCCAUCCAUUUGUUAAAUUUAUAAAUGCUAUCAUUAAAAAAAAUCAUAAUCAAACAUUUAAAUUUUUCAUAAUUCAUAUUUUUGUUAUUUUCAGAGGAAAAACCUUCAGACAGAACUGAGUGCAGACCUUAUCUUAUUGAAAUAUAUGUACAAGAGCAUUGUCAUUUUCUUCAUAGACAUCAAACAUAUAUUAUUUUUUCUUCGCAUAGUAGAUCGGUAUCAUAAAUAAUUUCUGCUGCUAGUUUUGGAGUCUAUAAAUGUAUUCAUAAUAAAUAUGCUGAAUUCCAAAGUGUUCCUUAAUUGUAAUAGUUUGACAAUAUGGGGUGUAGUUAGUUUGACAUUAUGGGGUGUAGUUUGUUUGAAGCUUCAUUAUUUCAUAUCAUCCUGGGUGGCGCUCAUGGUGUGUUACAUUUUAAAAAUAUUACCAUCACGUUAUUCUUUAAUUUGUACAGUGUUAUUUCUAAUGCUUGCAUGAAAGGAAACGAAGAGAAGAGACUGCAUAGUGGUGAGGGUGCUGAUAACUUUCUCAAAUAUUAUUUCUGUUUUAUCUUUUUAUCUUGACAUUAUUUUAGCAUGUUCCUCAUAGAUUCCAUGGAUUGGGAUUUCAGCUUUACAAGUAUGAUCAUAGCACAUGGGUAUUAUAUAUAUUGUGUUUACAUUUAUAGACAUCAUGUUAGUGGCAGUAAGAAACUCAAGUCACCCAAUUAUAUGCUCGUUGCCUUAGUGGCAUUAAAUAUUUAAGAUACAUACAAGAAAAAAAUCUAUGCAUACUAUUGACAUAUUAUAGAAUCUGUGACUACCAUAAUGCACAGUUCUUUCAUCCUCUGCCCUUUUUACAAAUAUCUUAUCAUCUCCAAGUCCCAUCAUUCCUCAAAUGAUGAAAGGGUAGUAACCUUUUGUGUACUGCUUUUUGUUUAAUGACCAGGAUUAUCAUAUAUUGGAAGUAUUACAGCUGGUUUUGAUAAAAUAGAAACUGUGAAUACACAUAGAAAAGAAAUCAAACUGCAACAAUGGCUUUACCUUGUUGAGCAAAGAAAUUUUAUUUACUUAAGUGGACAACAAAACAAAACGCCAAAAUAUUAAAAACCUUUUAGCAUGUGUACAUAUCUUUUUUUUUUUACAAUUUUAAAUGGUUUUUAUAGACCAUGAAUGAAAUUUCCUUUAUUAUGAUACACAUGCCAUCAGCAUAAAAAAAAAUAAUUUUUUUUUGUCUUUGUAAACAUUUUUAAAUGUUGAGUCACAAAUGCAUGUGAUAUAUUUGCAUUUUGAAUUGGAUGGAUAAUCUUUAACGAGGGUGGUUGAAAUGAUCAGAUGUGUGGGAGUGUUUGAAAAAAAGAGCUUUACUAAAGGACUAUGAGAGGGGAUGCUGACAUAGAUUAGUAUGACUUAGUUCCUUUUUGUUGAUUCAUUUAUUGGUAUGAUUUUAUGAUUUUAUUUAUUUUUUUUCAAUAAAGGGACAUUUUGUAAACUUGUUUUUUUUUGGCUGGUGAAAAGAUUUUUUUAAUGUGCUAUAAAUAGACAAACAUGUAACAUUAUAAUUUUGAUCACCUUAAAAAAUUAUUUAUGAUUUGGUUUCUCUGUAAGCAAACAUUUUUUUUCCGAAUGCGUGACAGGUUAGGCUUUUGCUUACUUAGCUUCAAUAUUGAGGAAGAAACAACCAAAGCUUCUAUUGCAUAUUAAGCUAUUGUGUUAAAAGUUAUAAAAUAUAAACAUUUUAGGUCAGCACACACGCUAUAAUUCACUACUAUAACAAAACAGUGCGCCUCAGGACAUUAGUUAAGCUAAUGCUAUAGAAUGGAAUGAAGUAAGUGUUUUCAUUUUGCAUAUUAAAAAAUAAAAAUAAAAUGUUAAAGUAUUUAUUUAUGCAUUAUAUUUUUGUACCAGCUUUUUAGUUGAUAAUAUAGUGUGAUCUCAUAAAUGCAAGUACGAAGUUUGGUCUUUUUUUUUCUCGUUUUUAUUUUGGGAGUUAUGCUUUGCUCAUCAAACUAAAAUUUAACCAAUGUUCAAGAUCAUUAACAUGAAUCUUGAAAUAAAUUUAAACAGUUUAAUCAGCUAUUUUUGACCACAGGACAUCAUCGUAUUAAUUACGUUUUAAAAAAGCGUAUGCUAUAUCUUCAUGGGUUUUUUUUAGGAAAUGGUAUGGGGAAAGUCAUUAGUGAGGUACCAUCCACCACUGUGGGUUACAUCAACAUUAUAACUCAGCGGAUUGUGUUUUAUUAAUAAUUUCAUUUUCUUUAACCAUGUUUUUUAUUCAUUUGUUUAGACACUGAUUUAGGUUAGCAAUUUUCAAAACAAAUCAUGAGCGUUAUAUAUAAUUACUAGGUACUGUAAUGGUUACAACAAAGAAAAAAAUCUUUGCUUAUCUGAUUUCAUUAGCUAAGUAUUACAUUGUUCAGAUAUGUUUGGAGCUUUAUGUACGUACAUUCUGAAGCUGGCACAUGCCUCAGACUUGUUUUUUUUUCCAAUCUUAUAACUAUUUCUGAUCCACACCAGUUAUAAAAAAAAAAGUCGUUUUUCUUGUAACAGAACCACCGCCUGCUCGGUGUGUACAUUCUUUCCUGUAACAAUAAUAUAAAAUUGUAUAUUUAUCUUACAAUAAUAAAAUAC